GACUCAAUUGUACAGUGUGCAAUAAAAAAGAGAAGCAAGUAUUUUUAUCAAUAAAUAUACUGCGUUCUUGGAUAGCAUGAGCGCGUCGAGUGAGGGCGGUGCGGUGGGUGGCGGCGCUGGAGGUACAGCUACGACAACGACGCCUGCACAUUCCACAGUUGCCGCCAAAAUCACGCACGUGAAAUCGGACGGCGGCGGCAUUUCCAUUACGGGCACACCCAUUAUUAGCGGUGGUACUAUCAAAGUCGCCACAGCCGGCAACACAGUGCAAGCCGGCUCGCUCAGCGGCACACCAAUUUCCCUGAACGCGGGACAGUCCACCACAGCCGCCUCGAUUCGGGCCAUUGGGACAGGUGGCCAAUCGACGCAGGUGCGCGUCAUGAUGCCGAUGAUUAAGCAGUUGGAGAAUGUCACAGCCACCGGGCGCACACAGAUCACAGCCAUCCCGGCGACGCCGACACGCAACGUAUCGAAUGCCUCAAUUACGGUCACUCGGCCCGUAACACAGGCCACCUAUUUGCCGCGUGCCAGCGUCACGGCCACCCAAAUGAGUGGCGUCAAUGUGACCGGUGCUCAACGGCUAGUGACCCCCUUGCGUGCCACAACAACGGCAUCAGUUGGCGUCAGUCCGUCGCCCGCCGGUCUCAGCAGCACCGGGAAUUUUGUGCGCACCUCGCAGCCAUCGACGGUGAUUUCGUCGGCGAACAGCGCAACUGCGGCGACUGCCUGGAUGCAGAGUCCCACCGGCCAGGUGCAGCUCAUACGUGCCAUUCAUCAGCCCAGGCAGCGUAUCAUCACCACAUCGGCGGGGGUUAGCAGUGCCAGCGUUUCCAGCACAGCAACACCAGUUCAGGCGCCCACAGCUCUCACCGUUUCGGCGGCACAGCCGAUGCCGCCGCAGUCGUCGGGUGCAACGGGUGUGCCGCAAGCUUAUGUGGCAACGGUGCUGCCACCGCGUCAACAUCAGGCGACGCUUGUCUACUCCUCCAAUAUGUCGGCAGGCGGCGGGCCAAACACCAAUCCCAAUGCAGCGAAUCAGUUCAAUCCACGCUUUGCCGUUGCCACGCCACUGGGCAGCUCAAGUGGCACUGUGGGUAGCGGUACCACAACACCGUUGGGCACCACCGUCACGCCGCGCCAGGUGCGUCCUAUACCGCUGAGCAAGAGCUUUCCGGCCACCAAGCUGAACACGACCAGCAUCAGCAUACGUGCGCCCAGCAUACCUCAGCUCAGCUCCAAUGUUGUGCCGCCCACGCCGGUGAGCGUUUCGGGCGGCGUCACAGUUGCCGGCCGUGGUCCAACUGGUGGAGGUGUUGCACCCGUGGCGCUAACUGCUGCCAAUCUGCCCACCACUCGGAUCAUUCAGCUGCAGCAGCAGACAACAGGCGGUGCCCAACAAAUCAUCGGCUCCACCGCCCGCCUCGGUGGCAAUGUCAUGUUGCAGCCCUUCCUUAUGAGCACCAGCGCUGCAGCCAAAAUCGGUAUUCGGCCACCUGUGACAAAGGUGCAGCCCUCGCUGACCAUCACCCAGCUGAAUCCUAUUGGCAAGGUAUCGACGACGAGUGGGGCGGGCGGAGCGACAAUGACGCCACAGGGCGUGGCAAGCAUACAAGCGGUGCACGGUGUUUCUGCCACAGUAACGGCCACUUCUGUAACAGCUGGCAGCUCGGUGGCAGCAGCAGCAUCAGUUGCUGGCGGGGCAACAAUGCAAUCGCUGACAAUUGGCGGCCGUGGCGGACCCACCAGCAACAUCUUGACGGGCACCCUGACACCCAUCAAGAAUGCCAGCGGCAUAACCGUAGGCAAAAUGAUGAUGACCCAGUCGUCUGGCAUCGAUUCGGCUGGUGGCGCCACUGGGUUGCAGUCCGGCGGAACACCGACCAACGUAUUCAUCCAGCAGCGCAGCGGUGCAGGCACUGGUGGUGUCACUGUCUCAACAGCGGCCACAUCUGUAGCCACAUCGUCGACGGGUGCAGCGUCCUUUCUGCCGGCAGGCAGCUCGGCCAUCUAUUACGAGUCGAUGCCGGCGUCGACGGGCGUCCUCUCACUGACGACGACGACUGUGACGCAAAGCACACAUACGCUUGCCCAGACCCAGGCACAGGCACAGCAGGUCCAGGCCCAGGCGCAGUUGGUGAGCAGCAGUGGCGGCGGCAGCAGUCUCUCCGUUUCCUCGCUGCCCUUUGCCAGCCAUGCGCAGCAGGUGCAAGCAGCCGGCGGCACUGGCUCGACGGCCACAUUCACCGUGCUGCCAUCGUCGGCGACAGCUGGUGGCGGCGUCGGUAGUCGCACCAUUGGACACCAGCAGCUCAUCAUACCGGCGGGUGCUGCACCGCCACAGCACAUGGUCAUACCGCUGCACACGUCCGUCAAGGUUACGACGGGCGGCGUGCCCACGACGACGGGCGGAGGUGCCACAGUCAGUGCGCUGCCGAUGCAAGUACCGGUGGCAACCAACUCGCUCGUCGCCAGUUUCAUGCGCAAACGCGAUGCCGAAGGAUCGCCGAUACGUGGAGUUAAGAAUUUGGCACCCACUCUGCUCUCGAUGAGCAGCAAUAGCAAUGCCUCAGCGGCGUCAGUGGUCAAUCUAGCGGCAGCUGCUGCGUCCGCAUUCAAUCUGCAGCCGGUCUCAGUGGCACCGGUGGUGCAACAACCGCCGACUACAACAACGGUGAGCAGCUCGGCCCUAACUGUGGAGGCACUGGCCAAAAAGGACAGGGAGCGUGUCAGUUCGUCCAUUGCAGUAGCAGCCGUUGUUGGCGGCGCAUCCUCAGUGUCGACAGCGUCAGCGUCGACCACCGCUGGCAGCAUUGUUGGCACACGGAAUGUGCGCGCCGAGUCGCCAGCCUCAUCCGAUGGCUCCACCACAGUCUCGGCCAACUCAUCGCCCGGCGUCGAUCAGCAAUUGCAGGACAGCAAUCUGGCCAUUAAUCGCAUUGGCGAUGAUCCAAGUUGCGCUGCUGCAACACACUUUAAUCCCAUAAGCGAGUUGAUUGCAGCACAUCAGUCGCAGACGCUGCCGACGAGUGUGGCGCAUGCCACAUUGGGCUCACGAGGCAGCGCCUUUGUCGAUGUGCCCCCGCAGCAGCAGGCGCCACACUAUGUGUCCUUGCAGACAGCCACACUGACGGCCAGCCAACUGCAACAGGUGCGCAUGAAUGGCACAGGUGGCGCUGGCUACGAUGGCCUGGCGCGCAAGAAACCGCGACGAUCCACCAACGAUAGCCAGCACUCGAAUCAAAGUCAGGCUUCGCUGUCGCUGUCGCUGCCACCGCCAAGCAGUCUCGGCAGCAGCUCCACCCAGGAGGCCACCUCCAGCUUCAUGCAACAGCAGCAGCAGCAACAGCAGCAGCACAAUCAGUUGCCGCAUCAAGCACUCAACAAUGGCGGCCUCCUGCUGGCCGCCGCUGGCAGUGCCACACCCAAUGCCAGCGCGGGCGAUGUCAACAAUCAUCGACCCGCUGUUGUCGGCAACAAGGAGAACGCAAAUCCCGUCGACUUUGUGCUGCGACGUCCGCGCAACUGUGCCCUGCUAAAUACGUACAAGCCGACACACAAGCUGGCCAACAACCAUUUCCAUCGCUACACGGAUGUGAAACCGCGAGAUGAGCGACGUGCCACAGUCAUUGAUCUGGCCAAUCAACCCAACGUUCAGGGCAAGAUCAGUGGCUGGAAGCUUUAUCAUUUGCGCUCACAAAUGGAGGAUUUGAACGACUCGGAAAUGGGUAGUUUGGUUCAAUUGGAGACCAUGUUGAAGGUACUGGAAAAGGACAAAGACAACCAUAGCGAAAUUGAGCGUGUCAGUGAACUUUUAAAGGGCAACAUACAGCGGAGUAAGAUUAUCACUGAUGGCAUCAACGAGGCGCAGAAUCAAUUGAUGAAGAUCUUUGACCACAAACCACAUGUCUCGGACAUAAUCAACCGUUUGCAAUCGAAGCGCAAUUUCAAGAAGCGCGAAAAGUUAUAGAGACAAGUGUGGAAAAUGUAGAAGCAAUUCCACAACGACUUGUGCGCCUUUAUGUAUAACUUUUCAUAUGUUUAUAGGAUUGUAAAUUGCUUUAAAUUAACUAUGUAUUUGUCAGUAAUUUUAAAUUAGCA